CCCACCUUCCUAUAUAAGCCCCCACUCCCGCCUCCAUUUUCGCACAUCAAGAAAUCCAAGUCUUCGUGGCAGAUUCAAAAGAUCUCGUUUCACUUAAUUCUUCUGCACGUUCGCGAGAAAAUGUCUGGUCGUGGUAAGGGAGGCAAGGGACUAGGAAAGGGAGGAGCCAAGAGGCACAGAAAGGUGCUUCGUGACAACAUCCAAGGAAUCACCAAGCCUGCUAUUCGCCGUCUGGCCAGGAGAGGUGGUGUGAAGCGUAUCAGUGGAUUGAUCUACGAGGAGACCCGUGGUGUCCUCAAGAUCUUCCUCGAGAACGUCAUCCGCGAUGCUGUGACAUACACUGAGCACGCCAGGCGUAAGACUGUGACCGCCAUGGAUGUGGUUUACGCACUCAAGAGGCAGGGUAGGACUCUUUAUGGAUUCGGUGGUUGAUUGCGUUGCUCGUUGGUUUUGUGUUUGGAAAUCUGUAAAUCGGCUGAUUCUCUCUGAAUGUAGAUGUUUGGUGGUUUAGGUUUAUUGAUCUAGGGUUUUCAAUUCCCAAUUGAAGGUAUUGUUAGUUCAGUUUGGAAUGAAAUUAGUGUUUGGUUUCAGCACUGAGUUGGUUUAAUUGACUAUGUGUUCUGAUUUGCCUAA